AUGGCACUUCCUACACCCAACGUCACACCCUGCAGACCACUGUCAAAUGCCACAAACAUCGAUCCGGCUAGCAGAGUUGGCUUUGCGAUCGCGGCUCUGCCGACGCCUCCGCAAGAUGUGGGUUGCAAACGUAGAAUUGCCCAACCCGACGACACACCAUCCAAACGACCCAGAGUCGUGACUGCCCAGAACACACAGGGUGAUGUCGAUAUGGGGGUUGUUGAAGUCGUCAAUAGCAGAACACGUCGCCAGACCAUGUUCAACCUGCUCAGAACUGCAUCCUUCCGUUCCCUCAUUGGCCCCACGCGAACCAUCCUCCCCUCUCGUCGGAUUUUGCAGUCAUUUGUAUCAUCACACAAAUCCGAUGUGUAUACCUGUCAUUCUUUGUCGGAUAGCCAUUUCGUCACUCCACCUUAUGCUUGUGCAUAUUCCAAUGGCGCAAAACGCAACAGCACUCCAUUCCUCGCGGUAGCUACUGAAGAGGGGAGUGUCAUGAUCCUGAACACUUCGAAACGACAUGACUGGGAAUUUGGUAAUUACCUCCAUGCGUAUCCGUCAAUCCAAAUGACGGACGGCUUUAUUUUUGUAGAGUCCCAACGAGCACUUUUUCAACCACAUUAUAAUGGCAUAUUCGAUAUCAAGUGGAAUCUGGAUGAUUCUAUUCUGGCAACAGCAUCAGGAGACAAAAGGACUCACAUCACUUCCGUGGAGACUCAGCAAGUCAUACAAGUCCUUCAGGGACACUCAAGCACUGUCAAGUGCAUUGCAUGGAACCCAUCGCAUCCCGAUCUGCUAAGCACGGGAAGCCGAGACGGAAAUAUCUACCUCUGGGAUUUACGGGUCACCGCCAAUGAUGGAAAUUCUGGAACAGGCGAAAACGCCUCACCAUUGCGCCCGGUUAUAGCCAUUGAUGCCGCCCAUGGACAGGAGAAGAACAAAGGGGGGAGGAGGAAAACGAUGCACCUGCCAAGAAGUGUCACCGGCCUGCUCUAUAGCAAUCCCGACACUCUUGUAAGCUGUGGAUCAUUUCAUGGUAUUCUUAAUAUGUGGGACCUCCGGCAGCCGAAAGUUAGUGCAACUGGAAAGCGGACGAAAAAGUCUCCCCCAAUGGCUCCAGCGUGUACAUCUCCCACAGAUCCAACGAUGCUUCACGGCGCUCGCCGCGCGCGCGGCCUCAUGGCCCUAUGUGCCGGUUCGGGACCCACAUCAAGUCUUCUCUUCGCGCUCGGAGCCGAUAAUUAUAUCCAUGCUUACGAUUCUUCAUCGCUGACGCAUGUGGAAUCGAUUACGCACCCCAACAUGCUGUCUAGCUUUUAUGUUCGUCUGGCAACCUCACCGUGUGGAAGAUGGCUCGCCAGCGGAUGCACGGCAAAGAAUGGCAGUCUUUUUCUCUACGACGUUAGCAACGUUGGUCGUCUUUCUUCUGCGGUGCCUCCAACCACUGCCGUGGAGCUGCGUGGACAAACCGGUGAGGUCGGCGCUGUUGACUGGGCAACCGACAUGAUCGCCUCCUGUGCUGAUGACAGAACUGUGCGCGUGUGGAGACCAGACCUCGACGCAUACCAAGAUUGCAUAGCGCACCCGGAGGAGAGAGCCUGGGAGUGGUCAUGGUCGACCGGAGUCUACCCUAGCUGAUCGAGUUCACGCUGCCUUCACGAUAUCCUGUACAACCUGCUUGUCAGGUACUUCCAGGCCACUCGGAAUUGGCCAAAGUAACUCGGUCCGUGAAUAAUCGGAAGCAAUGGUCAGGGCUACGUCGUACUACGCAACCCUGCAACGAUACUGUUAUUCCAG